AUGAAAGUUCAGUUUAAAAGGGUUAUCAAGAAAAGCCGAGUGCUUGGAUUCACGACUUGGUCUAUCCUUUUCCUUUACACAAUGCCUGUUUAUUCCAAUCGAUAUGCCACUAGUGCUUGGGUAAAUCAGGUAAGCGUAAAACAGCCGGAAACAGUUGAGAACGCUACACGUUUUAAUUCCCCACUCUUUGCAGCCGAAUCAGAGUGGAAAUUUCAGAAAGAAACGGAUGAAGUAAUAGACAGAAAGCAACUUUCACCGACUGAAAUACAAAGCAGAUCAUUUAAGCACAAAACGACGCUCAUAACAACGAAAGUUUGUUUGCAGCAUUACUUUCUUCUUAUCCUGGUCUCAUCAGCCCCCGCUUAUAUUCAAAGAAGGAGCGACAUACGCCAAACUUGGGGAACAGAUACUUCAAUUGAACCUCAAUGGAAGACCGUUUUUCUCGUAGCUCAAACGCGAGUGCAGAGCGAGUCAAACGCAUUGUUCAAAGAAGACGAAAUCUUCGGAGAUUUAAUAAGAGCAGAUUACUACGAUCACUACUCUAAUCAAUCUCUGAAAAUACGCAUGGGAUUUGAAUGGGCUGCCAGAUACUGCAAGUUCUCUUUUCUGUUGAAAAUAGACGACGAUACCUUCGCGAACACGAAAGCACUUAUUUCGUUUUUGAAAUUGCCGAGUACACCACGAGAAAAGCUGUACUUGGGGCGUGAUGCAAAUACCGCCGUGUUAAGAGGUGGCAAAUUUGGGGUUUCCAAACAAGAGUACAGCGGAAAUCACUAUCCACCGUUUUGUCCCGGUUUUGGAGUGGUAUUCUCAAAUGAUGUCAUUCUUUUGUUCGUAGAUCUAUUUGAUGUAGUAUCAAAAUUCCGACUCGAUGAUGUUUACACGGGUAUGCUCGCGUAUAAAGCUGGCGUGAAACUCUCCCGCACCAGCAAUUUUGAAUUUUCGGUAAACCCACCGCCUGCGUCUAAAUGCAAGUGGCAGAAAAGCACUUUAUUGCGUCAUGGAAUCACUGAAGACUGUCUUUUCCAACUUUUUAACGAAACCGUUCACCGCGUUAUAAACGAGUGA